ACCCACGUCUAUAACAUUCGCCGUCGCAUAAUUGUGUAGUCUAGAGCAGUCUGGCUCUGUUAGCAUCGCGGUUUUUUUCUAGGUUCUUAUGACUUUUACUGCACACUUUUCCUUCAUCUCAUGACGUUUCCAUCGAGGUUAAUGAAAAGUGACUAGGAAAAGGACACAGGACAUAAUAUUUGACCGCAACCUAGGAGUUGUUUGAGACAUGUCGAGAAGACGUUGUGUUCUGCUCUGCGAGGAGAAGUGUCCUUUGUAUGUUCUGCCGAAGGCAGAACCACAAAGAACUCGAUGGUUGAAAUUCAUUUUUGCCACUGUUCCCUCCACGGUUCCAAAUGUUUCACUGUGUGCUCGACACUUUACAGAGGACUGCUUUAAAAACCGAAAGCAAUUCGACGCUGGAUUUUCGCAGUUGUUAGUAAUGAAGAACGGGGCAGUUCCAACUGUAUGUGGUCCGACGGGAGACACAGGUUCACAACCUAGUACAUCACAGCAGGACCCCGGUACCCAACACCACUCCACUACAACCAGAUUUCAACAUGUUCAAUGCCAAACGGACCCUCCACGGACUGCUUCUGUGGGAACACAAUCCGUAGCAUUUGCAAAGCGGAAAUCAGUAGGCACACAGUUGUCCAGGGGAACACUGAAGGAAGCGCACAUGAGAAGCAAAGGCAUCCAGACAAUGGUGUCUUUUGACAGUGUUGGCACCAGACCUACUUCCCAUUACCCAGAUUUACCACUGGCCUCUAGAUCAAUAAAGGGUUCAGGGUUGCAACCUAUCAAGAGACCUAGACUGGAAUUGGAGGAGGAGGAAGGAGAGACUUCCACUGAAGUCAAAGAAGAGAUUCUGGACUCAGCUUACAACCCCGAAGAUUCUGUACUUACAAAGGAAUCUGACAUAUCCUGUUUGAAAACUGUCCAGUGUGUAAGAGAGACUGUGAUUUCCAGUGAUGAAGAAUGGGGACUUACGUGGCAUUCACUCAGCGUUGUCCAAACUGCAAUUACUCCAGACAGUGGGAGAGACAGCCCAUUGUUGGCAACCUACAAAUAUCAGCAGCCACAUGCUUCAACGGUGCUUCCUUCAUCCAACCGGAAAAGUUUCGAAGAGCCGACAGGAUCCAACACCCCUGACAUCAAAGGAUGAAUCGGAUGUCAUCGGUCACGUGAUAUUGCAUAAAUGAAGCAAGCUCCGACUCCCAGCUUUGAGUCACUGGGCUUCACUUUGACAAGGCGAGCUCCGAAGUCUCUGUAUUAUAUGUCCCAUCACUAGUGGAAAUUGUUAACCAAUAGGAAGCAGCGAAGUGGAUACAGGAUCUCAGGUAGGGUAGACAGACAUGGAGGAGACUCUGUUAGGCUUCAGAAGCAGUGGUCCUUUGGUGGAGUGGUGGAAUGUGGAAAAGGAGUUCAAACUGGUAGAAUUACGUGUUGAGUGAGUAAGAGUGUGUCUCUAACGUAUUUUUCAUUUGUACCGUGAUUUGAGUGGAGAAGGAAAAAAGCUGGGCAUAAAUAAUCCCAAAAAGAAGAAUAAUAGUAAUAAGAAGAAGAAUACCAAUAAUAAUAAAUAGAAGAAAAGAUAAUCCCAAAAAAAAAGUCUAGUUGCAGUCUUGUGAAUAGUGACUCUGCCAGAUCCCCAAUCUUUGAAAAAACAAAGUCUGUGACAAAAAACUCUGUGAUUGACACAUUGUCUUUAGAUGUAAAUUUGUGUCAGACUUGAGUAUUUAAAAGUAGAUUACUCCAAAGCAGGUUACGUUUCAAGCACGCUUUUCUCAAACUGGGCUUGGACCAAUCAAAAAGAAGUAGUUGGUACCUGACGUAACAGAUGGGCUUUCUCAUACUCUGGAAAAGGUGUGAGUUGUGAUGGACAAAAUGAUGCUUCAUGCACCAUUUGCUGUACUUUUUGACUCCACUAGAUGGUGCCCUUGGUUUGGUUUGCGGCAUACUUUGUGCCCUUUUAUGAACAAGGAGCACUAUCUAUUGGAGUAAAAAAAAAAAAAAAAACACAGCAAAUCGUUCAUAAAGCGUAAUUUUUUUUUCUAUCGCUAGACAUAAGAAUCCCGUGACUGGUUAAGUUAGCAGUAUAUUUCAUCCAAGUCUUCCAGUUGUAAUAUCUUUCUUCAAGCAAGCCAGGCAGUUUUUCAUCGCAGACUUUUUAUGUCCACUGCAGAUAGAGAUUUUUGCGUUUUGAGCCCUUUUGCAAUGUGUUCUAAGUCUUGUUAAUAUCUCUGAAAAGAGGCAAUCUCUGCUGUAAUUAGAUAUCGACACAGCAUUUUGAUUUGAUAGCAACUCUUGCACACACUUUGGUUUUCCAGAUUACUUUACAAGCGAAUUUUAAUUCAUAUUAUAAUGUUUUACUAUUAUAAUCACAAUCUUUAAUCUUUAUUUGAUGUCUUGCUCCUCCUCUUCGUCUCCUUUGACUGUCAGGCUCGGUCUAUGCCCUGCCCCUUUGUUAUGUCUGUUCUCUGUUUGGCCAGUAAGUGUCACCAGCCAUCCUGUAUUUUUCACUCCUGGUGUUUCCCAAUUCCGUUGGCCGCUGUGUGGCUUCAGGGGCUAAGCAGUCGGCCAUUGCUGGGUGAUAUGACCUCAAAUCAGUGGGUGUGUCCGAAAUCGCGUACUUGCGUCAGUGCACAGGUGUAGUGCGCACUUCCUUCUGUAGUGCACACUACCAUGGGUAAGUGCUGUCUUAAAUGGAACACCAAUGUUUUGUACUUACCGGAAGUGACGGAGUAGCAUUUGAUCGCGAUUCUCCAGCGCGCCAAAAUAUCUGCCGUGUUUUGUUUACAAUGAAUUUCCUUGUGGUUUUAUUUGCGUGUAUAUAACCUAUCUACUACUAAAAAACUGCUAACAUUUACGUGCGCAAACUCUUCUAAGUCGAUAUAAUCGCAAACUCAAACAAAUUAUCUAUAACUGUCAUCAGAGAGUGACACCGCAGUAUACAUCAGUAAAAUAAUUUUAUUAACGUUAUUUAGCUUUAUAUGAAGCAGUUGCCUCCACUUGGGCUUACAUGUCUGUGUUGUUAUCCACCUUAAUUUAACAAUAAAAACUUGCCGAAAGUCCCUCCCCUUCCGCUACGUAGUCAAAAUGGCGUCCGUUUAGUGCGAGUAGUGUCCAUCAUUCUGCACUGCGUGCUCCGGGUAAUUUCAGUGCACUGAAUUUUGGCUUAGUUGUAAGUGUGAACGCACUACGCCCUACACACCCAGCAUCACGAUUAACUGAGCAUUUUACCUCGAUUACAAUUAAUGAAUGACUUUUUUUCUUGCUUUUAUAGCCCUCAAAUUUCAUAGACAAGAUUUGUACCGUAAAUAUGCUCAACUAUUUAAGCGGGGAUAUUUUUUUUAAUGAAAGAAUAAUUGAAGGAAACACACAGAGAUGAAUCAUUUAUGGUUAUUCAUUGAAUACUUCAAGCAACUGAAAUCAAAGCAUAAAUCGGUUGAAAUGAAAAUGUCAUGAAAAAGGUCACAUUUUAGUUUUAAUGUAAAAAUCAAGUUCCGUUAAAAGUAGAAAACACAUACUUUGCAGCAUGGUGUUCAGAAACCUGACAGCCUGGGGAUAAACACUCAUGCAGCCUGGCUGAUCUCGCUGUGAUGCUGCUGUAUCUCCUCCUGGAUGGCAGCAGGGUAAACAGUUCAUGUGAGGUGUCCUGCACAAUGCUGCGGGCUUUUCAAACAGUCCUUGUGGUGAAUGUGUCUUGUAGUGAUGGGAGAGGCACCCUGAUGAUAUUCUUGGCUGUUGUAACUAUUCUCUGCAGGCGCUUGCGAUCGGAAACGUUGCCGUUUCUGUAUCAGACGGUGAUGCAGCUGGUUAGAAUGCUCUCAGUGGUCCUUCUAUAGAACGUGGUGAGGAUAGGAGGGGGAAGGCUUGCUCGUUUCAGCCGUCGCAGGAAGUGUAGUCUUUGCUGGGCUUUCUUGGUUAAGGAGGUGGUGUUUGUUGUCCAUGUAAGUUCCUCGGUGAUGUGCACCCCAAGGAACUUGGUACUCUCCGCAGUCUCCACAGCUGGGCCACUGAUGUUGUAUGGAGAAUGUGCAGGAUGUGUCUUCCUAAUGUCGACAAUCAUCUCCUUUGUAUUGUCAACGCUGAGGGACAAAUUGUUGUGCCUGCACCAUUUGGUCAGCCGCUCCACCUCCUCUCUGUAGGCAGACUCAUCAUCCCUGCUUAUCAGUCCCAGCACAUUUGUAUCAUCCGCAAACUUGAUGAUGUGGUUAGUGUUGUGUGUGGCUGUACAGUCAUGAGUCAGCAGGGUGAAGAGCAAAGGUCUGAGUACGCAACCCUGCAGAGCUCCUGUGCUCAGGUGAUGGUGUUAGAGAUGUUGCAUCCCAUCUGAACUGACUGGAGCCUCUCCGUCAGGAAAUCCAGGAUCCAGUUAAAGAGACUGGUGUUCAUGCCUAACCCACUCAGCUUCACAAAAUUUGUGGGAUGAUUGUAUUGAAGGCGGGGCUAAAAUCUUUUGUCCAGAUGUGUCAGAGAGAGGUGGAGGGCAGUUGAAAGAGCAUCAUUGGGGGACUUGUUGGAACGGUAUCCAAACUGAAGGGGGUCUAGAGAGGCAGGGAGACUUCUCUAUGUUGGCCAUGACCAGCCUUUCGAAGCACUUCAUGAUGCCUGGGGUCAGUGCGAUCGGUCGGUAGUCAUUCAGGCACAUCACUGAUGAUUUCUUCGGCACUGGGAUGAUGGUGGUGGAUUUGAAGCCUGCUGUGGCAGACAACUGGCAGACAAAUGUUUUGAAGAUGUCUAUGAGGACACCAGAGAGUUGGUCAGCGCAACCAGGUAUGUUAUCUGGUCCUGCAGCCUUGCGCGGAUUGAUUAUAGAGUCCUCCUCACAUCAUCUGCGGAGUGACAAGAGUACCAGGUCGUCGGAGGGUGGUGUCGUUUUCCUAGCAGGCUCCUUGCUCUGUUCCUCAAACCGUGCAAAGAAAUCAUUGUGCUGGUCUGGUAGAGUGGCAUCAUUUCUGUGUGGGAUGGGCUUGUAGUCUGUGAGGACUUGAAUGCCCUGCCACAUGUGCCGUGUGUCUCUGGUAUUGUUGAAAUGUUCGUUGAUCUGCUGCUUGUAGUCCCACUUGACUCUCCUCACUGCACGAGACAGGUUGGCUCUGGCCGCCCUGAGAGCAGCCUUGUCUCCAGAUCUGAAGGUUGCGUUUCUGGUGUUGAGCAACUUGCGCACUUUUCUCAUCAUCCAGGGCUUUUGGUUGGCUCUUGUGGUGAUUUCCUUGGAGAGAGUAACAUCCUCUAUGCACUUAGAAAUGUAACCAGUCACAGAGUCUGUGUACUCCUCCAGGUUGAUGGAGUCACCAUUCAUUGCAGCCUCCCUAAAAAUGUCCCAUUUGGUCGAUUCGAAGCAGUUUUGGAGGGCCGAGAUAGCACCAGCUGGCCACACACUGAUGCUUUUUUGGGCCGAUUUGGAGCAUUUCAGCAGCGACUUGUAUGCAGGAACCAUGAACAUACUGAUAUGGUCCGAGUAGCCGAGGUGGGGGCGGCCUUGUAGGCCUCACGAAAGUUAGUGUAAACAAUGUCCAGGCAAUUUUCCGCUCUGGUAGCAAAAUUCACAUGCUGGAAAAACCAACUAAAAAACCAUAGUGAUCACAUCUGUCUGGGUGAAAUCGAUCACAGUAAGCUGAGGAUCAUUAUAAUAAUUUUUUUUUUCUUUUUCGUUCUCUCAGGCAGAAUGCCAUCUAAUUGACAUUUGUGUAAUUAUUACACGAAUAUAAGGUAAUAAAACGGACAGUGUCACUAUUUACUGACUCAUUCAAAAUAUACAGUACAGCUGUUUCAAACGCUUUUCAAAUUACAGUAGUGGAACCUUGGAACUCAAACGCCUCUUAACUCAACCAACUCGGGCGUUUGAACAGGUCUGUUGAUUUUUUUUUGACUUGUACCUCAACCUAAAUCUUGGAACUCAACCGUGCCUGCUAAAACUUGUAUGGUCGAGACACAUUCAAGUCUACCAAAAUAAGAACCUUGAACUGGUCGGUCGAGAGAAAUUUAGCCAUGACUCGAUCAAAAACUCGGAACACGACAAAAAAAAACAGACCUGCUAAAACUAAACAAAACAGAUCGAGGCUAGCUGACCUACUGAAAUGUUUAUGACUAUGAAUUGCUCGUAGUACCUCUCAACCUAGUUCAACGUGCCAUAGCUGUGUUCCUGUGUUUGGUGUCAAUUUUUUGUGCUUUAUCUACACUACAUUUAGUGGUACAGUAAUCAUGGCCCCUACGAAAUUAAGCAGUGACAGCAGCAAACUGUUUUUUCUCAGUCUUCACAUUUGACCUCUUUUUUUGUUCAGUGUCAUCUUCACUAAAGCCACAAUGUGUCCAAUCGAUGGACACGACAUUCUUCUUUGCUACAAGCUGCUGGAGUUGCUCAGUCAGCUUGGUGUUUGAGUUCACCUCUAUGUCGUUGAGUUGCUUCCAUGUCGCAGACUGGAUGGGGCAGAGUCACAUGAUAAUACACGCGGUAGUAUAUUUUUAUAGUGAUAGUACAUGAACACACACUGGGGAAAGUACUGUAUUAACAGAUUUUUUUUUUUCACCGAAUUAAAAAAAAGUGACGUAUCUGACAUGGGCAAGAUUGUCAAUUAGAGGUUAUGAAUGUCAGUUUUGAUUAAUUUUCAUUUAUUUUCCCAGCCCUAGUCCAAACUUACUUCUGUUGUGGGUGGUUGUUGUUAUUUUUAUAUGACAUUUAUUUUGUGGUUUUUCUUGGUUUAUCAUGUGUUUGUGUAUUUCGGUUACUGCCGCUUGUUUUUGCUCCCUGUUCCCUGUUUGUAGUAUGUUCAGUUUUUUCUUGUUUUACUUUUCCUUGGUUUUUCGACAACUCUGUAUCUGUUGAUUGACCCCAUCUGCUCCUCAUUGCCACUAGUUUGUAACAGCCCACACCAGCUGCUUGUUAGCCAAUAAUGAGUACAGUGGUACCUCAGAACUCGAAUUUAAUCUGUCAAGAACUCCGGAUCGAAUCCUAAAAAGUUCAAGUUGUGAUCGAAUUUUCCCCAUAAGAAAUAAUGGAAAACCAAUG